AUGACUGCGCAAUUCACGCACGCAAAUGCCACAAACCAAUCUACGACCAAAAGGAAUGCGCUACUGGGGUCCAUCAAGUACAAAAUGCUCGCUUUGAAGGAUUUUGAGGAGUGCCAUGUGCUGGCAGGCUGGAUCCGCCAGUUGUUCUUUGACAUGUUUGAGCAACAACGUGGGCAGGACAAGAAUGGCCACAGUCCAGAGGCCGCAGGGGAGGACUUCAACAUUCCAAAUUCAGAGGCACUAGAUACAGUUGGGGACACUUCGAUGGCCCUCGACGUUGACAGCAUUAUUGCCGACAUACCGCGCCCGGCCCCGUGGGAAUUGCCCUACACGAUGUCCAAUGACAAUAUCCUCUGGCACAAUUGGCUAUUGGGGUAUCAAGACGGGGGAUGA